AUGUUCAUCGUGGUCUCUCUACUUGUUGCAACUAGUCUGGUUUUUGCAGAGGAACAGAAACUUUCCUGGAAGGACGAUGAUGGCCUUGAAGUGAAAAUUAUUAAGCCGAUCAAGAAAGAGAAAUGUAAAAUCGUUUCACAAGAAGGUGAUAUUGUGGAUCAGUAUUACAAAUUAUCGGAUAAGGAUGGCAAGGAAAUCGGCAGCAAUUUUGGGAAGAAACCAUACACAUUCACACUCGGAAAAGGACAAGUGAUUCCAGGAAUGGAUCGUGCAAUGACUGGAAUGUGUAUUGGCGAGAAACGAAAAGUCGUAAUUCCAGGUCAUCUUGGCUUUGGUAGCAGCGGACGGGAAAGAGACAGCAUUGAAAAAGAUCAAACUCUCUAUUACACUGUACAAUUAGUGGAUAUCUUCCGAGCUGUGCCUGGCGACAAGUGGGAAACCGACGAGGGUAUUACGAUUGAGGUCACUCACAAAAUUGAUGAGGACAAAUGCCGUAAAUCAGAAUCUGGCGACACUAUUCAUCAACAAUACGUUCUUCACCUUGAGGAUGGAACUUUUGUUGACUCCUCAUUUUCUCGCAAUGCUCCAUUCAUUUUCCAGUUGGACAGAGGACAAGUCAUCAAGGGAAUGGAUAUUGCAAUGACCGCAAUGUGUGAGGGUGAACGCCGUAAAGUAAUCAUUCCAUACGAAUUGGGAUAUGGUGAAGAGGGCAGACCACCUCAUAUUCCCGGUAAAUCUCGUCUCUACUUCGAUAUCACACUCGAAAAACUCAUUAAAAAGGAUGAAUUGUAA